CCCUCGUUGACAUCGGUACACUCGUCACUUACUCCGCUAGCGCUGUCGUUAGCACUAGCCCAAAGCGUAGCUGACUGGCGCCUGCGGAUGGCAGUGGCGGCACCUACAUGUGGCGUUCGCUGUAAAGCAACAAAUCAACCGUCGGGGACACCUAAAUUCCUUCGCUCUAGAGCCUCCGCGGACCAAGAAGCACUCCAGGCGCCACUCAGGUGCCCUGACUGCGACAUGGCCACGCGGCCAUCCGCAGCCCAUCUGUUUUGGGAGUGUCAGCGACACGCACAGCAGCGGGACCACCACCUGAGGACGGUGCGAGUGUCGUCCUACGAGGAGUGGAUUAGACCGGCAACUGGCUCGAUGGAUUCCGACAGGGUCAUUCUGGACUCGCUCUUGGCUUUCGCCAAGGACGCGCAGCUCCUAGGACGGCUCUGAACACGCCUCCCCCCUCCUCUUCCUAUUCCCCAUUAUAGGCCUUCGAGCCAUCCCUUAAUAAAUACAUUUUG